CGCGAUGCUACAUGAGGUUAAGGAGUCAUCACGUUUCCAGUGUGUUAGACUGAAGAGCUGCUGCUUUAUGGUUAGCUAAAGCUUACAAUGGGAUCCUUUAUUAUAAGAGACUGUCGGAGGUUCCUGUGCCUCCUGAUUCGACGUCCUGUUUAUCAGCAGCAUGCAGCUCUCACUAGUUCCUCCUACUGUAGCAGAGGACAGAGAAGACCAUCAGACUCACAUGGAGCCAAGCAAAGAGACUUCACUCAGAGAGACGGAACUUCAUGCACAAAGUCGGUGUUUGCAGCCGGCAACAGCAGAAGAACCGCUGAGAUAUUAAAGAGGAAAUCAGGAGCGGAUCAGGAACAGGUUAGUACGGGUUCGGUGAAAAGCCGUGCAGCUUUUAGAGCUGAGAUUCCUGCUCGGGCUCUGAGCGUUUCAGAAUGGAGGGACCUAAAAAGCAGCUCGUCCAGGCCAGAGCGCUUCGAGCUGAGGAUGAUGGAGGGAAUGCUGGCAGCUGAGGCUGACAUCAGCAUCGCUAAAUCUCUACUCAAUUACGUCGCUGCUGAAAACGGAACCCUGCCGUAUGAACUGCUGCUCAGGUAUCUGACGCUUUGUGUUUCUGCUGGUCAUCACUCAGAGGUUUCAGACGUUUAUGACAUCAUGAAGAGCUGCUUUAAGACUCUGGACACGGGAGCGUACAGUCUGUUUGUGAAAGGCCUGAGUCGGACCGAGCGCUGGACAGAAGCACUGACCGUCCUGGAGGACAUUAAGAAGCUCCUCACUCCAUCAUCCAAGAAUUAUGGUGAUGCUGUCAGCGGGGCAGUUCUCCAUGGCGACCGGGAGACAGCGUGGCGUCUGUACAGUGAGCUGAUGGAUCAGGGACUGGCGCCCAAUCAGGAAACAUGGCACUGUUUAUUUGAAGGUUGUGUAAGUCGGUGUGCACACAAAGACAAACUCCUGGCCAUCCUGACCUACAUGAGAGAAAACCAGAUUUAUCCAGAGGAGAAGCUGGUCAGAAGCAUCAAAGCUUGGUUUGAAAGUCUACCAGAUGAGAACUGGAGAGGAACGUUUACGUCUGUGGAUCAUCGAGGAGUGUGUCGGAGCUGUGGGACGGAACUGGAGUCCAUCCAGCUGACGGAGGAGGAAUACACACAGCUGAAACACAGAGUGAUGGAGGAUGUGAUCGAGGGCCAGGAUGUCUUCAAUAAGACCACACCUGAGGAGUUGGAAAGUUUUAAGAUCUUUGUGAAUAAAAGACCUGCUUUUGAUGUCAUCGUUGACGGCCUGAACGUUGCGAACAUGGCGCCAAAGUGUGUAAAAUCUGAGACGCUGUUAGCAGUGGUCUCAGAGCUUCAGGGUCAGAAUGUUCUGGUUCUGGGCAGAAAACACAUGCAGCAACCGUCACGCAACUGGAACAGACAUGAUAUGAACCAGAUCAAACAGAAAGCACACUGCUUCUUCACCGAGAACAUUUCAGAAGAUGAUCCAUUCCUGCUCUACGCCGCAUUGCAUUCUGGGAACCACUGUAACUUUGUGAGCCGGGACCUGAUGAGGGAUCACAAGGCGUGUCUCCCAGACAGCGUCACACGACGCCUCUUCUUCAAGUGGCAGCGAGGACACCAGCUUGUGCUCAAUCAAUUCAUCCCAGGGAAAAGGAUUCGCUUUCAGAGGACAUCAUGUUACGAUACGAUCGUCCAGAGUCGGGGAGAGAUGUGGCACGUACCCUACGACGAGACCAGACGAGACAGGAGCACGCAUGAAGUUCCACAGAAAUGGCUGUGUCUCAGUAAUCAUGUGUGAGAUGUGGACAGAAUGUACAGGUUCAUUAGGAAAUGGAUCUCAUCGUCAUCGUAGUGAAUAAAGUUUUGUUUACUGCUUUGGGAACCAAUAAUAAAGAAAUAUGAGGAAGAAACAAA